AUGGAUUUAACUCUGAGUGAUAUUUUACCCGCAACUAUUAAUUUAUUGACGAAGAGGGUGGAAGUGGACUCGGCAUGCCCGAUGUGUGGUUUGGUUCAUCAGGAUGUUAUGCAUACAUUUAUAUCUUGUGAUUAUUCUAGAAUUGUUUGGACUAUUACUGGGUUGCCUGUUGCGAAUGUGGUUACGCAUUCAUUCCCGUUAUGGCUUACUGGUAUUUUCAACAUGUUAACAGAUGAACAAUGCGGUCUGGUAGUUGGUGUGUUGUAUCACGUAUGGGCUGCCCGGAAUAUGGCGGUUUGGGAAGGCGCUCUUCCACGGCCGGAGCAAACAUGGCGGCGUGCGGCAGCGACGUACCAGGCCUACUGCCAGAUCCAUCACCGCGCCCAGCAGCAGUCGCACCAGCCGGCGUCCUUCCCCGGCGGACUGGAAUCGAGGCCACGAUGCUUCUUCGACGCGAGCUUCAAUCGCCACACCGCCACUGCCUCUUAUGGAGUGGUCCUAAUUGCGCACGAUGGAGCAUUCCUGGCAGCAAUGAAUGGCCGACUCACAGCCUCUCACUCACCACUCAUGGCGGAGGCGCAAGCCUACAAGGAAGCCUUAUCUUGGCUUAUGGCACGAGGCGUUACGGCGGUAGACCUUCUUACGGGCUGUUCGGAGUUACGCGCUAUUAUAGUCUCAGGCUCGGCAUCUGUUUUGUCCUACGUUGGGGUUGUUACGGACCAGUGUAGGAUGUCUAUGUCUUUAUUUUCGCAUUGCUCGUUGAAUUUUGUUUCACGAACUUUAAAUUUGCAUGCUCAUACUUUAGCAUCGUUAGCUAUUAGUCAGGAUAACUCUAUGUAUUGGGAUUCGAUCCCACCUGAUUCCAUCGCUAUGUUCGUUUGA